AACACGCCACUCCGGUGGGGUUGAGCACAUCUACUCGUGUUGAAGCAGUCGAGAUAAUUCCUAUCACGAUGAAGUCGCUUCUGGUUUGUCUUGUCCUCGCCGUCGUGGUCCUCGUGGCAUCUGGUCAUCAUGUAGAGCUGUGCAAAAAGAACGAUGCUGAGCUGAAAGAGGCGUUAACCUGCAUUACGUCGAAACUUCCGGCAGCUCUUAACACGAAGUUCAACCAAGUCGAAAAGCAGUUGGGUUGCAAUGACAAGUCCUGCGUCUUCGAGAAGCUGUGCAAAGAGGGUGACCUGGAUGAAGCCCUGAAGAAGCAUUUUACGGCGGCCGAAGUCCAGACGCUGCACACCACGGCUACCGACUGCGAUCACUCUCACGGACAUGAACACUCCCACGGACACGAACACGGACACGGACACCACUAAGACCAGGGACGUGGGCAGGGCUCACCUGAAGAACUGUCCUGUCUUACUGCAAAACGCGUGUGAAGUUCGCCGAGUAUCAGCGCUUGACUCGAGGCUCCAAAAUAUACUGGGCAUUGUGCAACAAAUAAAUAAACCAGCGCUGAACGUAUA